AGAACUUGUCGUAUAAAAGUCAUGUAGCAUACUUCAGCCUUUCACUACCAAGUUACCUCGUUUUUUAAAUUAGAAAUCCCAUUGUUAAGUUAUAUUAUAAACCAACAUAGUUACCUGGUAUGGGGAACGGGAAUGGAUAGGAGGUACGCCGGUUUCUAUGGUACAAAAUUCGAAGGGGUGGGCAUAGUUGGAACGAAAUUUCAGGUCAUAAUUCAUGUAUUAGUUUAAUUCGGUACGAUAUUGUUUUGUAAAUACUCAGAAUUAGUAAGAAGUACAAAAAAGAGAGCGUAUAAGGUUGAAAAAAGUAACACAGCGUGUUUAUUAUUUAUUUAUCAAAAUUAGUGGGAAUUUUAAGCUCGUUGAAGUCUAAUUUAUUAUUUAGUUAAUGAAAAUUUACCUCUUUGGAAAAUAGCCACUUUCUUUAUUAGAUUGAACAAACCAACGUCUUCCUCCUCUGCUUGUAAAUUUUCUGCUGUUUCAGACCCAAUUUCAAAACUCCCUCUCUCUCUCUGUUUCCAUGGUUCUCUCUUUUGAUGGCUCCCUCUAUUGCUCUCCCACCACCCUAUUAAGUUGAUGAUUGGAAUAACCAAUCGAGUUUUGGCAGCAACGUCGCUCAGGUGAUCGGCCCUCAGCUUUAAAUCCUAACUCAUCUGAGUGACAUUUUGUGCGUUUUGAGCAGUUUGUGCGGUUGUAUAUUUGUUGGAGGAACCAGGGUUGGUAUUUGAUGAAUGGUGCUUCUGCAUCUAGUAGCUUAAGGGCAGCUUUCUCAUACUGUGUGCAGCAAGUCCGUAGUUAUGAUUACCAUAACUACCUUUGCCUCCUUGAACUCCCCCCUAACAUGCGAAAGGUUGCAUUUGCAGUCCGUGCCUUAAAUGUUGAAACAGCUCGUGCCAUGGAUGUUGCUUCUGAUCCGAGGAUUGGUCUUAUGCGCCUCGUCUGGUGGCAAGAAGCCAUAGACAAAAUCUAUGCCAACAAGUUAAUUGAGCACCCAACAGCACAAGCCCUGUUGUCAGUGGUACAUGAGAACAAAAUUAGCAAGGUAUGGCUGAAACGGUCUGUAGAAGCUCGGAUCAGUGAUGCAAGAAAGGAGGUUGGUGACACCCCAGAAAAAAUUGAAGACUUGGAGAGAUAUGCGGAAGAUACUGUAUCAACUCUUCUUUACAUGACACUUCAAGCUGGUGGUAUCAGGUCUACUGCAGCCGAUCAUGCAGCAUCACAUAUUGGUAAAGCAAGUGGUCUUCUUUUGCUGAUUAAGUCAUUGCCAUAUCAUGGUAGUCGAAACCGCCAUUUUUCUUAUAUACCAACCGAAGUGGCAGCCAAGCAUGGAUUGCUGGUUAAGCAUGGAGGUCAAUCAGAGAUUCAUUUGGAUUCUCGUGAGGGCUUAUGUGAAGCUGUUUUUGAGAUGGCAUCGGUUGCUAAUGUCCAUUUGCAGAAGGCUCGUGACUUAGCUGGUACAGUACCUGUAGAGGCUUUCCCAGUGCUGCUGCCAGCCGUGCCUGCCCAGGUUCUACUGGACUCUUUGAGACGAGUGAAUUUUGAUGUCUUUGAUCCAAGGUUAGCGCGAGGGAUUCUUGGUAUUCCUCCUUUGUGGUAUCAGUUGAAAUUGAAGUGGCAUUCAUGGACGGCAAAAUACUGAAAGAAAUUUCCGUUUAUCGGUUGGAUGCGAAAGAAAUUGCAUUUUGCAUACAAGAGUUACACUACGGAUAUGUUCCUUUGCAGGAAGAAAAUAUCAUGCUCAUGAAUCCUUGUUAACCAACCUUUCAAGGUACUUUCAAUUUUCAUGUUUCUUUAAUAAAUGGGGCAGCACUAUGAUUAUUUUUGGGGUGACUGAAAAAUCAGAAUAAUACUGAAUAUGAGGUAUUUUGUGGGUUAGAAGAAAUUCACAUACGGAUGAAGAGAGGUUGUCUUUGGUUUCAACCUAACCAAUUCUUUGAGGAUUCUCCGAAUCUCCGAAGGUAUGAAAACAUCUUUUUCACAAACGCAAAGAUGCACAUUAUAUUUCAGCUCAGACUCUAGUUCCUGCAACUUGGGAAGUCAUCACUAAUCGGUUAUCUUAUGUAUGCAAAUUUUGAGUUCCCACAAGUAUUAUAGACUGAUUAUUUACUUGAUGUUGGUCCACUAAGUUAUAAUAGCCAUUCCUAUUUCCUACAA